AUGGCUGUACUUCCCUUUCCUUCUCCCCACGCCUCACUAUAUCUCUCUGCUGUCCUGCCUGCCGUUCCCCUCUCUCCCGCCCGCCAUCUUGUCCUCCUUCGCCGGCACGCCUCUCGUCAUGUUGCCGAUAACGCUCUGGCGAACGUGCCCCACCGCUUUGCCUUAUAUCCCUGCUCCGCUGCCGCGGUGGCGAGCGAUGUCUGCCCCCGUGACUCUCCUCAAGCUGCUGCCGCCAAUCCGGCGAGCGCGCCUCGCCUCUCCACCCUCCUCCAGGAUACCGUUGCGCGUCAGGCGAGCGCUGGACAUCUCUGCUCCUCCCAUCAUGAUAGCGCUGCAGAUCUGGUGAGUGUGAGCCCCUCUCGCUCCUCCCGCCGUGAUACCUCCGCGGAUCUGGUGAACGCGUGCUGUCUCCGCGCUCCUCCCCACGACGCUGCCGUGGAUCUGGCAAGUGGUGACCACUUCCGCGCAUUUCGUCGUGCCACUGCCGCACAUCAGUCGAGCGGUAGCCGCCGUCGCGCCUGUCCUCACGCUGCUGCCGCGAAUCUGGCGAGCGGUUGCCGCCGUCACGUCUGUCCUCGCGCUGCCGCCGCGGAUCUGGCGAGCGGUAGCCGCCGCCGCGCCUCUCGUCACGCCGCAGCCGCGGAUCUGGCGAGCGAUGGUCGCCGCCGCGCCUCUCGUCACGCUGCAGCCGCGGAUCUGGCGAGCGAUGGUCGCCGCCACGCCUCUCGUCACGCUGCCGCCGCGGAUCUGGCGAGCGAUGGUCGCCGCCGCGCCUCUCGUCACGCUGCAGCCGCGGAUCUGGCGAGCGAUGCCCGCCGUCGCGCCUCUUGUCUUGCUGCAGCCGCGGAUCUGACGCAUGCCUCUCGCCACCAUGAUUCUGGUCGUGGUGCUGAUGGGGGUCGGCGAGCGCGAUCCACGGCUACGCCUCCUGUCGUCGUUGCCUUCUUCACCACGCGUCUGGUUCCGCGCACCAUCCUUCCCGCCUAUUUCUGCCGCGCCUGGCGCAGCCUCCUCGCUCGCCAGCAUCGGACUGGCUUCCUUGACUUCGGCGUGCAUAUCGCGCUGCUCGCCCGCGCCUUCCUCAUGGGCCUCGUCAUCGCCCUUCGCUUCACUCUCGAGAUCCAUUUCCUGCGGCUUCUCCGCCAUAUCGACCUCGCCCUCCCCAUCCACAUCGAGAUCUCCUUGCCGACCAGAGAAUAG